AUGAUCAACAGUGUGUACCACAGCAAGAAGGCAUGUGUGGAAGCCUUGCGGGCCGUGGAACGCCUGCAGCCGAGUUGGUGGACGCCGCCGUGCAGCGAGUUUUUGCAUCGCGUGGAGCAAACUCCAACCGUCACUGCGCAGCCAAAUCAGAAAACACUGAUUGUUUUGGAAGGUAUUGACGGCGUCGGAAAGUCCCUCGUGGCGCAGUCACUCAUCGAGAGGCUUGGCGAUUCGGCAGUACUGAUACGCACACCCCACCCUGACCUCAAUGGCAUCCGUGAGACUUUUCGCGCACAAACGGAAGAAACUGCACGGGCUUUUUACAGUGCGGCGAAUUAUUUGGCAGCGUGGGAUGCGUUCCAUGCCACAAAGGAAAGGAAGGUUGUGGUGUUUGACCGCUGGUGGUGCUCCACCUGUGCCAUGGCACUCGCAAACAGCUGCAGACUGACGGCACUUCCUGCGGCGGGCGAUGCGGUGUACCAGUGGCCGCAGGACCUUCCGCCAUUUCAGCUGGGUGCGCUUCUGUACGUUGAAGAGCACAUACGUCAGGCGCGGAUACGUCAACGUGCCCCGGAGGAUGCGGAGGAACGACGACUGAGUGCACAGCAAGAGAUGCGUGAGGUCGCAAUGGAAGCGUAUCGUCGCUUUGGUUUGCUCAACGAAGUCAAUGUUGCGACGUACGGUGUGGCCGUGAACCGUAUUUUGGACUUGAUGACGGAGAAGGGUCUACCACACAGUGCGACGCCCUUCAGUGCGGAGGAAUUGGCCGCACUACGCCAAUUCUAG